AGUUGGCUACUCGCUGGCUGGCUAAUCAGUGCUCAAAGCUGCCUCCGCCUCCGGACUGGAAAGCGAACUAGCCGGGGCGGAGCCACAGCCCUGAGACGCUGAGCGCAGACACACCUGGCCUAUUUCCACGACUCGACGCCUACGACAUGUGGCUUCUGCUGGUGCUGCUCCUGGCCGUGCUGCUGCUGGCCGGUCUCUGCAAAGUUUACUUGGGACUGUUCCCUGGCAGCUCCCCGAAUCCCUUCUUCGAGGAUGUCAAACGGCCACCAGCACCCCUGGUGACUGACAAGGAGGCCAGGAAAAAGGUUCUCAAACAAGCUUUUUCAACCAGCCAAGUGCCGGAGAAGCUGGAUGUGGUGGUAAUUGGCAGUGGCUUUGGGGGCUUGGCUGCAGCUGCAAUUCUGGCUAAAGCUGGCAAGCGAGUCCUGGUGCUGGAACAACAUACCAAGGCAGGAGGCUGCUGUCAUACCUUUGGAGAGAAAGGCCUUGAGUUUGACACAGGAAUCCAUUACAUUGGGCGCAUGGAGGAGGGCAGCACUAGCCGUUUUAUCUUGGACCAGAUCACUGAAGGGCAGCUGGACUGGGCUCCCCUGUCCUCUCCUUUUGACAUCAUAGUACUGGAAGGGCCCAAUGGCCCAAAGGAGUACCCUAUGUAUAGUGGAGAGAAAGCCUACAUUCAGGGCCUCAAGGAGAAGUUUCCACAGGAGGAAGCUAUCAUUGACAAGUAUAUAAAGCUGGUUAAGGUGGCCUCCAGUAGAGUCCCUCAUGCCAUCCUGUUGAAAUUCCUCCCAUUGCCCGUGGUUCGGCUCCUCGACAAGUGUGGGCUGCUGACUCGUUUCUCUCCAUUCCUUCACGCAUCCACCCAGAGCCUGGCUGAGGUCCUGCAACAGCUGGGGGCCUCCUCGGAGCUCCAGGCAGUGCUCAGCUACAUCUUCCCCACUUACGGUGUCACCCCCAGCCACACGACCUUUUCCAUGCACGCCCUACUGGUUGACCACUACUUAAAAGGAGGCUUUUAUCCCCGAGGGGGUUCCAGUGAAAUUGCCUUCCAUACCAUUCCUGUGAUUCAGCGGGCUGGGGGUGCUGUCCUUACAAAGGCCACUGUGCAGAGCAUAUUACUGGACUCAGCUGGGAAAGCCUGUGGUGUCAGUGUGAAGAAGGGGCAUGAGCUGGUGAACAUCUAUUGCCCCAUUGUGGUCUCCAACGCAGGACUGUUCAACACCUAUGAGCACCUAUUGCCGGAGAACGCCCGCUGUCUGCCAGGUGUGAAGCAGCAGCUGGGACUGGUGCGGCCCGGCUUGAGCAUGAUCUCUGUCUUCAUCUGCCUGCGAGGCAACAAGGAAGACUUGGGUCUGCUGUCCACCAACUACUAUGUUUACUAUGACACGGACAUGGACCGAGCGUAAGGCGCGCGCACGUACGCGUGUGUGCAUGUGUGCAUGUGUGCGUGCGGUGUGUGUGGCCCGUGCCUCCCUGCUUGACUCAGAGAACGAGCAACGGAUAUGGAAUGGGAGGAAGUGGGCAAUUUCCAAUUGGCGCCUAGAAGUUUGCCAU